GUUCUAGUUUUCUAAAAAACAUGGCUUCCAACUUUAGUGGAGCACUUCAGCUCACAGAUUUGAACGAUUUUAUCACACCAUCACAGGAAUGUAUCAAACCAGUUAAAAUUGACAGAAAACCUGGAAAAGUUGGCAAAAUAAGAAUUGAAGAUGAUGGUUCUUAUCUAUCUAUUAAUGAUGAAGGACAGGAAACCAGACUAGAGAAGGCAAAGAUUACAUUGAAUGACUGUUUGGCUUGUAGUGGGUGCAUUACAUCAGCAGAGAGUGUACUCAUAACUCAGCAAAGUCAAGAGGAACUUUAUAAAGUACUGAAAGAAAAUUUGAGGUUGCAAGAGACAGGACAAGCUGAGCAACAGAAGUUAGUAGUUGUGUCAAUAGCUCCCCAGUGUAGAGCCUCACUAGCUGCCAAGUAUAAACUAUCUGUACAAGAAACUGCUGGCAAACUGACAGGAUUCUUCAAGAAACUAGGUGUACACUAUGUUUUUGAUACCACAUUUUCUAGGAACUUCAGUUUGUUAGAGAGUUGUAGAGAAUUUGUACAAAGAUAUAAGGAAUCAGAAACAAACAAAACAGCCUUACCAAUGUUGUCGUCGGCUUGUCCAGGUUGGAUUUGUUAUGCAGAGAAAACACAUGGUUCUUACAUCCUGCCAUACAUUAGUACAACUAAAUCUCCACAGCAGAUUAUGGGUUCUCUAGUCAAAGAUUACAUGGCAUCCAGUAGGGGGGUACCAGCCAACCUGAUCUAUCAUGUGACAGUUAUGCCUUGUUUUGAUAAGAAACUAGAGGCAUCAAGAUCAGAUUUCUACAACGACAUCUAUAGUACAAGAGAUGUAGAUUGUGUCAUAACCUCAGUUGAAGUUGAUAAAAUGUUGGAGCAGGAAGGAAUAUCUCUGAAUGAUGUUGAACCAGCUGAAAUUGAUAAUAUAUUUACACAGAUACAUGAAGGUCAGUUAUUGAAUCAUGCUGGAGGAGGAUCAGGUGGCUAUCUAGAACAUAUACUGAAGUAUACUGCACAUAAUCUCUUUGGACAGGAUGUCACACAGAUAGACUAUAAAGUUUUAAGGAACCAAGAUUUUCAAGAAGUGACUUUAGAAGUACCAGGACAGCCAGUCAUCAAAAUGGCAUUAGCUUAUGGGUUUAGAAAUAUUCAGAACAUUGUUCAAAAGAUAAAACGAGGAAAGUGUCCAUACCACUUUGUUGAAAUUAUGGCUUGUCCCUCAGGUUGUAAUAAUGGUGGUGGACAAAUCAGACCUGAAGGAGAGGAAACACCAAAAGAACUUGUAGAUCGUGUAACAGCAACAUAUAAUUCAAUAGACAAUAGUUUGCCUGAUAGCUUAAAAACUGUGAUUGAUGUAUAUAAUGAAUGGUUAGGUGAAGUUGGGUCCGAGAGAAGUAGAAAACUACUGCAUACUCAAUAUCAUGAAGUAGAAAAAAUGACAAAUGCAUUGACAAUAAAAUGGUAGAAUGAAGACUAUAUCUGUGAUAUUUUGAAUUUAUGCAAUAAAAAUAGUAAUAUA